UUCUCCAUGCAGGUACAGCGGACCAGCAGGUCGCCAAGCCCAGAGGCCCCACCUGAACACUAUGGGCUACGACGGUACUCAAGGAACAGAGGAAGCGCCACUAGCUGCGACAGUCCUGUGAACCCGAAACGUUACGAUGUCGAGCGGCCGGCCACACUCUGCAGUCCCCGAAGAACGCCUCAAACACGCGAGACAUCUCGAACUGCAGCAGGUGCAUCUGAAACCUACGUGGCGAACAAGAGUGGUGCUCUCCACAUGGGACGCCUGCGAAGUGUUAGCACUUUGAUGACGGACAGACAUUUUCGAAUGUCGGCAAGCGCUCCGACGAGCCCGCUAAGAGAAAGCUGCGGCGAAGACAGCGAUUUCACUAAAACAGUGGCAAAGCUAUCAAAAUAUCUAAAGGCGAGCACACCAAGGCCACAGAUACAAUUGCCAAGUGAAUCAAAGGAACGGGAAUCGCACUCGGGUGCUAAAGGUACCCCGUAUGUAGACGGGGUCACUGCGAGUAGCCCAGAUCAUACGUCACACCCGUCGCUUUCCCAGGGCCUCGAAAUUUCUACGCAAGUUCACAAGAGCUUUCCUGCGGUGAGCCACGGAAGACCGGUAUCUCGGAAAGCGCGAAUUUUCGUCAAAGACCACUCAAAGUCAUCGUGGACAACGCGCAAUGCAGUGCCAAAGAAGAGACACGAAGAGCCACGGCUUUCAAGCUCAGGUCCUGUGCAAUUACCAUCGACGACUAAGGGUGCAGGUUUAUCGAAAGCGUAUGCAACGCCUGAUACGGAGGUCCAUGCUGCAGAGGGUACAUGGAAGGUUUGCGAGCCGCGAUUACAGCAGCUAGUCGCUGCACGUCAUAAGAUGACCCCAUUCACGCCCUCAGCAGACAGGUGCGAAACUCAGGUGAUGACAGUGCUCGUCUCGAGACUUGGCAACAGGAGCACGUUGUCAGCGGCAGCACCGGGCACGGAAGCUGCGCGUCUAUUCGCAAAGCCGAGUUAUGCCUAUUUGCCGAUUGGGGCGGCAGCCCGGACGACUGCCACGGGCAGGCCAACUGGAGACUUCGCCAACGCCAAUAUGGGUGCCGCUGGUGGUUCUGCCCCGGCGGGACUGACGUCACAGGGUCCAGCUGUGAGGCCACAGGCAGCUGUCGCCAGGCCAUCUGCAGACCAAGCCAAGGCCAACGUGGUCGCAGCUACUCGUGCUGCCUCGGUGGGCGCGUCAUCAGCGACUCCAGUUGUGACAGUUAAACGACCUUUCGUGCUGCCUCCACCAGCGCCAGCUCAGCAGCCGGUGACAUCGCCGAAGAUACAGCCACCAACUGGUCCACCGCCACAAUCGCAAGUGCCAGCUACUGCAGGCGCUGCUGCCCGAGGCGUUGGCGCUACCACGGUCGCAGGUCAAGCGGCUUCUGCUGCUGCUCCCGUGGGCAGUGGUCCUCCCGCCGCCGGCGCAGUUGCAACCGCGUCCCCGGCCAGCCCUGCUCGCGUCACCAUAGGCUCGGCCUCCGGGCCCGCUGCAACCUCUGCGAGUGGUGCUGGUUCGAUGGCAGGCUUCAGCGCCGGGCCCUCUUUCUCCCCCGUCCUGGAUUCAGAGCUGUUCGAUGACUCGGAGUUUGGGGAGGAGCCGGAGUACGAGCUCUCGGACACCACCAUCCUGGAUGUCCAUCCGUGCCUGCUCCUGCCGUUAUCGGGAUGCAACUUCCUUCUGAUAGUCGCGUCGCUGAUUUUCUUCUUCGGCGCCCUGUACGCGUACUUCGACCAGGAGUCAACGCCGGCCUCAACGUCGACCAACACGUGGCUCGUUUAUGUGUUCCUACACCUGGAGACAGUGUUCAUGGUGGUCUCGCUCCUUGUCUUCCUUGUCGCCUCGGUCGGCUUCCUGGGAGCGCUGCGCGAAAACGUCGCGCUGCUUGACAUGUACACCACGUUGCACGGCGCGUUCAUCACUGCGGAACUGGUCUUCGUCUUCAUAGUCUUCUUCCUGCCGGUCAUCGGUCGCGAAUUUGUGAUCUCCCACAUCACGACAGAUCUGAUUGUCCACUACCGCGACAACCCGGAUUAUGAAAGGGAGAUUGACUACGUCCAGUCAUCUCUGCACUGUUGCGGUAUGACGGAAAAUGCGUACCGUGACUGGAACGCCAACGAGUACUUCAACUGCAGCACGAUCAACCCCAGCGCCGAGCGUUGCUCGGUGCCGCCCUCCUGCUGCCGAAAAAUCGAACCGCCACACGGCCUAGUCUUCGUCGAUGACAGCGGCCCAACAACCCCACUGAUUGCUUCAGGAGUGGCCGUAGAAGAAGAGCACGAGAGUGAGGAGAACGUCGACGGAGACGUCUACGUGCCCACCCUGUGCGGUCGAGGUGUCAUGAGCCUUAAGGAGGAGGACGCCUGGAAGCGCAUAUACACGCGAGGUUGCGGGGCGGCCAUGUUUCACUACGUGGAGUCCCGGAUCGUGGAGAUCGUCCUGUACACGCUGCUGGUCAUCGUUGUCCACCUCAUCCUCGCGUCACUCACGGUCAGCGUGCGCAAGGAGAUCACCGCACUCGGAAAGGUGUACGACAAGUACUACAAGGUUGUCUACCGGGGCCAGAAAAACAUGAAGCAGAUGAACACGCCAGAGGAGGAAGCGGCACUUGUGCGCACAUCCCCUCAGGGUCCCCCUCUGGUGGCCUCGCAAGAAGCCCGUCGACAGAGGCAUCGCAGACGCUAUCUGGACGUCCGGCCGGUGUGGAAGACGCUUCCAAAGCAGGCUGCCCCAGCCGUGGCAAAAAACAACGCUUGAGGAACCCGCUCACGCCUCACGUGCUGAACGUGGCCGUUGACAUCUGCAUAUUCACAGGCCUGUUCAUGUCGCAUGUAACGCAUCGUGCGUUACAAAACGACAUUGCCUUGAGCCUCGCACAACACUCGCGCAUAUCGUCCGCCG